CUUCUUCACAUCCUGUCGAGCAUCAAAAUACAGAAAGACCUCCUGCAGGUCUGUAGAUGCCACAAUCCCACCAUGUAUCUGCUUCUGCUCUGUCUGACUCUCCAGCUCCUGGACCCCGCAGGAGCUUCUAACAGUGGCAUUAGAGGAGGGAAAGCGGCUAAACCCCACUCCAGGCCCUACAUGGUCUCGCUGCAGUCUAAGGGGUAUCACGUCUGUGGGGGACUACUCAUUCGCAAGGACUUUGUGCUGACCUCAGCACACUGCAUAAAAUAUAAACCUUUGGAAGUAGUUUUGGGGGCUCACAACAUAAGUAAACAUGAGACAACUCAGCAGCGAAUUCAAGUGGGAAAAUAUCACCCUCAUACUUCAUAUUUAAAUGCCAAUCAGUGCGAUUACGAUGUGAUGUUACUGAAGCUGAAGACCAAAGCCAAACUUAACAAAUACGUCAAAGUGAUUGGACUGCCGAGAAAAGACGGCAACAUCCCAGCAAACAUCAAGUGUUCAGUGGCUGGCUGGGGGCAAAAACGGAGUGGUGGGCACGCGGGUGUUCUUCAGGAAGUAACCCAGACCAUAGAGAGAAACGCGCAGUGCAAAUCGCUCUGGCAGAAGUACUUUUUCAACAAACAAAUGAUCUGCACUCGUCCUGAAGGGGACAGGGGAUUCUGUCAGGGAGAUUCAGGGGGACCCAUAAUUUGUAACAAGAAGCCACAAGGUAUUGCAGCUUACAACAAUGGGUGUAAUGAAUCCAAAUAUCCUGACGUCUACAUGAAAAUUCCAUUUUUUGUUCCUUGGAUCAAUAAGACAAUAGAAGGAUACAACUGAAGAUUAUUAUGAAUUUUAUAAAUGAAUCUAUUAUGAAUCUAUACAUAAAAUAAAGCAAAUGGAAAAAGGAUA